AUGACUUUCUCUAAAGCUAAUGAAACUGUCUGUACUCUGCAAGGAGAGCCUGUACACCCUGAGCUAUGGAAAGACGGGGACAUCGUAAUUGGAGGGGUUUUCUCUUUCCAUAGCAGUUGGGAGGUCAGGCAACUGACAUAUUCUGUCAUGCCACCUCCACUAAAAUGCAUCAGUCUUAAUUUCAGAGACUUCCAGUACGCACAGUCCAUGCUCUUCGCAAUAGAGGAAAUUAAUAACAGUUCCACUUUGCUACCUGGGGUCUCGUUAGGCUACAAGAUCUACGACACGUGUGGCUCAGUGGCAGUUGGGGUUCGAGCAGCUAUGGCUCUUGCCAAUGGGCAUGAGAAAACAUCUGUUGAAGGACCCUGCACAAAGCAUGCUGAAGUGCAAGCCAUUAUAGGAGACACAACUUCUUCAGCAUGCAUGGCAAUAUCAAAGGGUAUUGGACCAUUCAAGCUUCCACUGAUCAGUCACUAUGCCACCUGUGAGUGUCUCAGUGACAAAGUCAAAUAUCCUUCAUUUCUUCGAACUAUUGCAAGUGACCACUACCAGAGCAGGGCACUAGCAGAACUGGUUAGACACUUUGGAUGGACCUGGGUGGGAGCCUUAAGAACAGAUGAUGAUUAUGGUAACAGUGGGAUGGCGACUUUCACAAAGGUGGCUGAACAGAUGGGUAUCUGUUUGGAAUAUUCUAUCCCUUUUUUCAGAACCUACCCUGAAGAUAAAGUAAUGAGGAUAAUUGAGCAGAUUAAAAGCUCUACUUCUCGAGUAAUUGUGGGAUUUCUUGCUCACUGGGACUUGGAGGUUCUACUGCAUAAAUUUGUUGAAUACAAUAUUACCGGUUACCAGUGGGUAGGCACUGAAGCCUGGAUCUCUGAUUCAGUCAUUGCUAGUAUGGAUAACCACCACAUUCUACAAGGAGCAAUUGGUCUGGCAAUACCCAAAACAAAAGUGACAGGUCUGCAAGAAUUCAUUCUAGAUAUAAAACCACUGAAGUCUUCAGGAGGUGCUAUUUUUACAGAGUUCUGGGAAUCCCUGUUUCAGUGUAAAUACUCCACUAAGAAUGAUUCCGUGUCCACAACUGCAUGUACAGGCAAGGAGGAACUGUCACAAGUGCAAAACUUGUUCACAGACAUGUCACUCAUGCCCAUCUUUAGCAAUGUGUACAAAGGAGUAUAUGCUGUUGCUCACACACUUCAUGACCUUCUGGGCUGCAAGGAAAAAUGUGCCUCAAAAAAACAGCCUGAUCCUUUAACAGUGGGUUAUCUAUUUUAAUACUACUACAAUAUAAAGUACAAUAUUCUCUAAGGUUGUACACAUGGACACAGCAUAUUCAACAUUUCUUAAUAUGCACUAUAUGUACAGUACAUAUAUUAUUGUGUUAGUUUAAAAAUAUGUGUUGUUUGUGGUGUCAAACACUUAGUCAAUGACUUUAAAUAUUGAAUAUUUUGUCCGUUUUUUUUUUUUUUUUUUUUUCAGUUUUUGAAGCACCUGAGAAAGGUGCAUUUCAACACUAAAGAUGGCGAAGAGGUUUACUUUGAUGAAAAUGGUGACCCAGUGGCAAAAUAUGAGAUAAUAAAUUGGCAACCAAGUAGAAAACAACACUAUGAAUUUGUUACUGUUGGACUUUAUGAUGCUUCUUUUCUGGGGAUGGAUCGUUUAGCUGUCAAUAUGGCAACAAUUUUAUGGGCAAAUAAUUCCACAAAGGUGAGGAAAAAAAUGGUCUGAAUUUUAAUUUCCAUAAGUAGAUGGCAAUGGCAAUGGCAAAAAAAACAAAAAACAUCCUCUGUCACAGGUACCAGGGUCUGUGUGUAGUGA